CCCAAUUACCCCCGUCGCCUCCGAUCAUACCCAUCACCACCCCAGCACCCUCAAAUCUCUCUCCCUCUCCCUCUCUCUCUCUCUGCGAUCGCCAUGGCUGACGAUACCUCCGUCGAGAAGAUCUCCAUCUCUGGCCCCACCCUGGCCUCCAUCAUCCAUCGCUUCACCUCCUCUCCUGGCGAUGUCGACGGUCUCCUCUUCGGCCACGUCACCCGCCUUCCCCCUCCCGAUCUCCACGACGACGACCCCUCUUCCGCCGCCUCCACCGCCAGCUCGUCCCCCCUUUCGGCCACGGUCACCGGCAGCUUCUGCUCCGGCUCCCCCAUGGGUUUAUACGACGCCCUCGGCCGCCUCGACCUGCCCGCCAUCCGCCGCGCCUUCGCCGCGGCCGACCACCGACCCCCCGGCUGCUCCCUCCUCGGAUGGUUCUCUGGACGCCGCCGCUCCCCCGUCCGCCCCUCCAUGCGCGAGUUCGCCGUCUCCCUCUCCCUCUACAAAUCCCCAAUCCUAACCCUAGACGAACGCCCCCGCUCUCCCCAUCCCGAUCUCCCUCCGAAGCACUGCAUCUUCCUCCUCCUCUCCUCCUCGCCAUCUCCGAACCAUGCGGUUCACACCCACGAGUACCGGGCCUUCGUGUUCCGAUCGACGGCCGGCGGCAGCGGCGUCCUCGAGCCGAGAUCGCUGGACGUCAUCAAUGUAGGCCCUGCCUUCCGGGGGCAGUAUAGUUCCUUCUCGCCGGAGUCGGCGUUCCCGUGGAUGCCGUGCUGGUCGAAGGGCGUCGAGGAAGGGGAGAGGGAGAGGAGAUGCAAGAAAGGGGAGAGCCUCCGGGAGGCGGAGAGGGAGCUGCGGCUUCUGGAGUCCUCUGCGGAGGGAUUCGGGCUGGAGAGAUUGGAGCGGCUGGUGGGGCCAGGGGCGGCAGAGUACCCCUCCGAGUUGGAGGACUUGUAUACGAAGAUGCUGCUCAAGGUGGAGGGCCUGGCGAGGCUCGUGGAGAAGAGCUCAGCUAGGGUUCUUGAGCAGGAAAAUCGAAAUUCAUUAUUGCGAAACAAGUUAGCCGGGAUGGAAUGAGAUUUGUGUCUGUUGGAGUCCUUUUAUCACAAUCUGCCCUUUUCAGUGCAUUAAUGUUCCAAAUGAAGGCUGGUUGCUUUGACAGAAUGCUAGAGAGCGGAUGGAAGCACCAUGGAUGAGGUGAAGAGGAGACUAGGAAAUGCUGUUACGGUUUUGUUGCCUUGAAUCGUCUAGGGAAAAUUACGUUCUAUUAUAAGAGUUAGCUCAACUUGUGUUUAUGAAGGAUGGUGGAGAGCAACAAUGCCGAGGACACCAAUCCUGGGUAGAUUUUGACUUAAAAAGAGAGACAUCUUGUUGGGGUCUAUGUAUAUUGUGGAGAAAUACGUUCCUCUGAAAAUUAAGAAAUAUUACCAUCCGUGAUGUCGCAUGAUGUUGCUGCUUGAGUUUCUUCCCUUUUUGUUAUAUGGAGCUAAAAGCUGUUGUUUCAUUUGUUCUAGACAAGGUCUAAUGGUAUCUCCACAGCCUUUUGUUUAAGAA